AUUCCUCUCACCACAUCUCAGACCCUCAACAUUGUAGCCCACCAAGAUGACGACCUUCUCUUCCUCUCGCCAGACCUUCUGCACAACAUCCAAUUAACGACGCUUUCCACCCCAACACGUACAAUCUUCCUCACGGCCGGCGAUGCCGGGGACACAUCCUCCUACUGGACAUCGCGUCAAGCCGGUUCUCUGGCCGCCUACGCGCGCAUGGCCAACGCCCCCAACACAUGGACCGAGUCUACUCUUUCCGUCCCUGACACCAUUCACGCAAUUCCGUUAUACACGCUCACCGCAAACCCAUCCAUCUCCCUCGCCUUCCUUCAACUCCCCGACGGCAAUCUGCACGGCGAAGGUUUCCCCACCACGGGCAACGUAAGCCUCCAACAGCUCUGGCAAGAGAAGAUCCCGUCCAUCUCUAGCCUAAAUCCUGCUCAAGAAAGCACAUAUACAAGAGACACCCUGCUCUCGACUCUCAGCGCGGCCAUCGCCUCCUUCAACCCUGUCCGCGUGAACACCCUCGACUUCACUCGGGACUUCGAUGCAACCAGCCCCUCGGGAGGUGGUUCAUGGUCGGAUCACAGCGACCAUCUCGCGACUGCCCGAUUCGCGCAAGCAGCCGCGCAGGACUGCGCGGCCAAGGGGAAGUGGAAUACGGAGGUGGUCGGGUAUAUGGGAUAUCCGGUGCUGGACGCGCUGCCGCAGAGUGGGAAUGUGCGGGGCGCGGAGUUGGUGGAGAAGCAGUUGGUAUUCUAUACGUAUGCCUUGAGUGAUUGGCGGACUUGUCGGGACGAUGGGGGGUGUAAGGGAGGCAAUGAAGAGGGGUGGUUGGCGAGGCAGAUUGUUGUGUCCUCGAGUCCGGGGACAAUGGUUGCUAGUGCGCAGGUUGUGGCCAAGGAAAAUGGGGAUGGAGGGUUUGGAGGACGCUGGGGAUUUGUGAGGGCUGGCGACACAGUUGAGUUGACCGGGGAGGAGAGUAACGGGGCGUUGCAGUAUCGUUGGAAGCAGGUGGAGGGGGUACAGGUGCAAGUGGAGGAUGCUGAGAGCCCGAAGGCCACGGUCACGGUGGCAGGGGUACAGGUUGGCGAGAGGUUAGGGUUUGAACUGGUGGUGAUCGGUGAUGGGGGCGUGGAAAGUACGCCAGCACGCGUGAGCUUGUUUGUGGUACCGGGGGAGGAUGUUGCACCACGAGCGAGCAAUGUCACGGCUUCGUCGGAGAAUGCUGCAGGUGGCCAGUCGGCUGCUAAGGCUGUUGAUGGCCGGGUUGGGGGGUAUCCUGGGGAUACGUCGAUGGACUGGGCCACGGUGGGUGGGAGGGAAGGCAGCUGGUGGAGGCUGGAGUGGGACUCGCCGCACAUGAUCUCCCAGGUUUACCUGUUCGAUCGACCGAACACGUUAGACCAAGUCACGGGGGGUGUGGUGGAGUUCGAUGAUGGCAGCAGUACUGUCUUUGCUGCCCUCUCCAACUAUGGUGAACCGAAUAGCGUGAACUUCGAGCAGAGGUCAGUCCACGCUCUGACAGUUAGAGUCACUUCCGUGAGCUCCACAACGGGCAACGUGGGACUGGCAGAGGUCAAAGUGUUUUGA